GACGAUAUGUCAACAUCUUCGAACUCGGAUGUAUCCAGAAAAGAACGUAAUAAGAUCUAUUAAAUGUGGUUGGGAAAUCUCAUAUGAAUGUCACUCGGUGGAUUUCGUCAUUUUCUCUUUCGCCCUUGUGAUGGCGUUAAACUCACUUUUUUUAUGGUUCAAUGACAUUAAUAUGUAUCAGGUAAUACAUUUAAAAAAAAUUUUUUUUGAUUCUUCAUAUUUUCCCUUUAUUUAAGUAUACCUUUUAAUUUUAGAUUUUCUGAGCUGCUUUAAAUACUGUUUUAUAGAAAUGAAACUUUCUUUUACAAUCAAAGAUUUUUGGUAGAAUUUUUGAAUUCGUAUAUUUUUUUUUUUUUUCUCUAACCUUAAUUUUAUUUUAUCUGUUAUUUUAGUUCAUCAGCGAUGUCCAUAUUUCAAUAUUGGAUAUUCUUAUCUUCGUGUGUAUCAUGUUUCAUAAUCUUUGAUACUAAAACUACUUCAAUAAUUUGUUCAACAUCAAUUAUUCAGUCUCACCUGCAUCAAUUCACUAAUAUGGUAUAGUAAUAAUUCAUAUAGUUGUUUAUAUUAACAUUUAAGUAUAGC